GAAAAAUGGCGAGUGCCCGGUCCUCUUGCAGGUAGCGAAGCGACUCCGAGCCCUAACCCCAAUAAUUUCCCCAACCCUAACCCUAAUUUCAUUUGAAUGAAUGAAGUAGGGGAGUGAUUGGUUUGGGGUAAUCGGAGGAUUGGGUGUGGGCAAAUGGAAACAGUGGCGGAGGGACUGUGGGGACUGGCAGACAUGCACGAGAAGAAGGGGGAGAUUGGAAAGGCGGUGAAAUGCUUGGAAGCCAUAUGUCAGAGCCAAGUCUCCUUCUUGCCCAUACUCGAAAUCAAAACUCGACUUCGCAUCGCCACUCUUCUCUUGAAGCACUCUCACAACCUCAAUCACGCCAAGUCCCAUCUCGAACGUUCUCAACUUUUGUUGAAGUCUAUUCCCUCCUGCUUUGAAUUGAAGUGCAGAGCGUAUAGCUUACUCAGCCAGUGUUACCAUCUCGUGGGAGCCAUUCCUCCCCAGAAACAGAUAUUAAACAAGGCUCUAGAGCUUACAGCAUCUUCCGGUGAUGGGUUUGCGGUUAAGUUAUGGUUCUGCAACUUCAAUUCACAGCUUGCUAAUGCUUUGAUAAUUGAAGGAGAUUAUCAGAACUCUAUUGCUGCUUUAGAGCGGGGAUUCAACUGCGCAACGGAAAUAUGUUAUAUUGAAUUACAGAUGUUUUUUGCGACUUCUAUCCUGCAUGUGCACCUUAUGCAGUGGGAUGAUGUAAAUUUGGUGGAGAGAGCUGUCAAUAAAUGCAAUGAGGUCUGGGAUUCUAUUGAGCCGGAUAAAAGGCAGCAAUCCCUUGGUUUACUCUUUUACAAUGAACUGCUUCAUAUUUUCUAUCGACUCCGGAUAUGUGACUACAAGAAUGCUGCCCAGCAUGUGGACAAAUUGGAUGCCGCUAUGAAGGCUGAUUUGCAGCAAAUGCAGCAUAUACAGGAGCUGACCAAGGAACUUGAUGCCUUAAAUCAAAGUCUGUCCCGACAUGACUUACAUUACACAGAUAGAUCUGCACUAUCUGAAAAACAAGCUCAGGUUCAAGAGCAAUUGAGACGUGUAACUAGAUUGGGUUCAAGUGGCAAAGAAUCUCUGGAAUCAGCAUAUUUUGGAAAUGUGAAACGGGCAUGGGGAGAUAAGCUUGAUCUGGCACCUCCUCCUAUUGAUGGGGAGUGGCUACCCAAAAGUGCUAUCUAUGCCCUUAUUGAUCUUAUGGUUGUCAUAUUUGGGCGUCCAAAGGGAAAUUUUAAGGAGUGUGGGAAGCGGAUCCAAUCUGGACUUCGUACCAUCCAAGAGGAGCUGAUGAAGCUUGGAAUCAGUGAUAGUGUGAGGGAAGUGGAUUUACAACAUUCUGCUAUCUGGAUGGCUGGUGUGUAUUUAAUGCUUUUAAUGCAGUUCCUUGAGAAUAAAGUAGCUGUGGAGCUCACACGGUCUGAAUUUGUUGAAGCACAAGAGGCUUUGGUGCAGAUGAGAAAUUGGUUCCUUCGCUUUCCAACAAUUUUACAAGCUUGUGAAAGCAUUAUUGAGAUGCUCAGAGGGCAGUAUGCUCAUUCAGUUGGAUGUUUCAGUGAAGCAGCUUUCCAUUUUAUUGAAGCAGCAAAGCUAACAGAGAGCAAAUCAAUGCAAGCUAUGUGCCAAGUUUAUGCAGCUGUUUCUUACAUCUGCAUUGGUGAUGCUGAAUCAUCUUCACAGGCAUUUGAUUUGAUUGGACCAGUUUACAGAAUGAUGGAUUCAUUUGUUGGAGUGCGAGAGAAAACCAGUGUUCUCUUUGCUUAUGGCCUUUUACUGAUGAAACAACACAAUUUACAAGAAGCACGAAUUCGACUGGCCACUGGCUUGCAGAUCACACAUAAUCACCUCGGGAAUCUUCAACUUGUUUCACAGUAUUUGACCAUUCUUGGAAGUUUGGCACUUGCCUUGCAUGACACUGGACAAGCCAGAGAGAUCCUGAGGUCCUCCCUUACAUUAGCUAAGAAGCUCUGUGACAUCCCAACUCAGAUAUGGGUACUGUCAGUUUUGACAGCUUUGUAUCAAGAAUUAGGUGAGAGGGGAAAUGAAAUGGAGAAUUCUGAAUAUCAAAGAAGAAAGGCUGAUGAUCUGCAGAAGAGGCUUGUAGAUGCUCAUUCAUCCAUUCAUCACAUUGAACUAAUUGAAAAGGUCAGACUUGAAGUUCGGCAACUACAUGAACUUGACAUCAAACGUGCAGUUGCAGGCUCAUCCAUGAGGGUUAGUCUUGACAUUCCGGAAUCUGUUGGUUUGUUAACCCCAUCUCCUGCUCCUUCAUCUUCAAGGCUAGUUGAUUUAGAUACUGGAAGGCGUGGAAAGAGAAAAAUUUAGUUGACAGUUGUAGAGUCUCCCUCUUUUUUUCUUCUUUCUUUUCUCAAAAUUAUACAUCAUCACCAAUGUACAACGUGAAAGCUUGGUAGCUGCUAUGACAUAGGAGGGGAUUGCAGGAUAGAAAUUGCAGCAAGCAGCAAGGUGCCGACAUGGUUUUCAUUGUUGGAUCGGAUGCUGGCCAUUUUUGUAUUAUGAUGUUGUUAACCAAUUAUAUCAUCCUUUCCUAGAAGUUUGAUCUUUCUUUUCUCAUCUCAUUCUUUUUUGGUUGGAAAUGUAAGUUUCUAUUGGGUUCAGGAGCUUGACCUCACAAUUGUAUAUAAGCAACACAUUCUUCAAAUCUUUC